AUGGCAGAUGCGAGUGCGAGCUCGGCGACUUUGCCGCUUUCCUUACAAAACCUGGAGUUGGCCAUUGACUGUGAGACGGACUCUUCCGUCCUGCGCGCAGUCCGAAACCGGUUGAUGCAAAGGCUGAACGAUCGCAUACACGCUCUGGAGGCCUUUGCGGUAAUCAUUUCCAGGCCAAGUGGGGAUCAGCGACAGCUCAGAGGAUGUUUGCCCGACGAGCGCCUCGAGUCCCUGUGCGUGCGUGUUGCGGAGGAGUUCGAGAUGCCAGCGAGCGCCAUCCUUUUGUGCCGAGGGUCACGACAGUUCGUAGCCAAGGACCUGCUAAUGUCUUUGUCAGACCUUGGAAUCAAUGAGGCAGCAGAGCUGACCUGCAUUUACGAUACCGGCUGUCGAAAACACUGGCAGUUGCGCAUUGCGGUAGAGGGCUCUGAUUGGGAGGCGAUUAUCUACAACAUUGAGCUUUAUGACCAGCACAACAGGCUCCUGCCCACGGAAGGACUACAGAUUUUAAGCAAUGCCGAAAGAAACGACCAGAAUGUUGCAAACAAUGCUUUUGACGGUAGGCCUGACACUUUCUGGGAGACAACUUUCGGCAGUGAGAAGAUUGGAGGGUGGGUGGCCUGUACUUUCGAAGAGCCAGUUGCUAUCCACAGAAUCCGAUUACGGCAAGGCUCCCAUGUUGGCAAUACGAUCCGCUCCUUUGAAAUCCUGAACUCGGAAGAUGGCUUACACUGGACGCAUGUUUGGACUGCCAUCGACUUGGGGAGUGGUUGGAGCGAAGCAAGUGCCCCGGGACAUCCAGGGACUUGA